GUAGCCGACUGUAGUGUAGAACAAGGAGCCCAGUAGCGUUACCCUAUGAAUGACAAAUAUAGUUCGCUCGGGUCGAAGCUGUCGGGUUGCGAUUCAAUUCCAUGCGGUUCGGGUUGGGGUAGCAGUCUUUCCUAAUGGCGGUUUGCAGUCGGGUCCAGAUAGAUCCGUUUGUGGAGAAUUAUGGAAAAGUUGACUGUCGUAUUGCAGACACAUAGUGUUUGUUUGUGUGAGAAUUAAAAUAAUAUGUGGGCUAUUGUGAAACGGAAUGCUUGAUUCUAUAGUUACAUUUUGCAUUUGUAAACUGUGUCUGCUAUGUGGAGUGGUGAAGACGUUCGCAUUUAAUCAUCGCGCAUGCGCAAGUAAAUGUCAGUCUAGAUUCCAGACUGCUAGCUAGAAACAGUACGUUCAGGCGAGGUAGCGCAAAAUAUCCUUCCAUUAGCUAAUUACACAGUGAGAAGCUGUGGUUGUGAGAUAUGGAAAGUAGAAGCAGAGACCGUAAAAAAAGUCACACCUGGAAAUAUUUCAAUGAAAUCUCGUCCGAAAGUGUGACAUGCAAGCUGUGUGCGGCUGUUCUGAAGCGGACGAGCGGAAGCACAACAUCCAUGUUAAACCAUUUAGAAAGGAUCCAUCAUCUGUCGUUAAGACAUAUAAAAACACAGCGAGAGCUGAUGGCUGCCGUUAGAGGUAAGACUCCUACAUUAAAGUUAAAAAGAGAAGCUGCAAUAAAAAGAGAAGCUGCAAUAGAGGCAGAGAAGACCAUGUCCAAGAGCACAUAUGAGGAAGAUGAGGAGGAGGAGGAGGGGCAGCGCCCAAAGACUGGGAUGUCAGCAAGAUCCCAAUACUUCAGAGGUAGCCAUGACAGAAGACGGGGCUGCAGAGCAGUUUGAGUUUCAGUAUGGACUGGAGGGAGCAACAUUUAAGAAUGAGAAUGGGGAGUGCUCAAAGAGCCAUCUGUCCAUCAUCAAAGUGGAACAACUGGACCCCCUUCUCCCUGACCAAAACAACUCCAGCUGUGGUUCUGGGUCACCUAGGGAUUCUGGGCCUCCUGGCUCAUCUGGUUUUGGGUCCAGUAUGAGUCCAGCUGCACAGUUCUUCAGGAAAUGCCACCAGGCAGGCUGCACACAGUUCAUCUUCUCUGAGUUCGCCUCCCGCCUCAACACCGUCACUGAGAGGAUUUCAUCCCAGCAGGCCAGCGAAGAAGAUUUCAACCUCACCCUGAACGUGCUGGAGGCCUCUAGGAUGCUGCCAGAGAUCUUUGCUAAGAGAGACCAAGAAAUGGAGAAGAGACUGAAGGAUCUGCAGAGAGAGACUGAAGCGGUGAGGACUGCCAGGUCUGCCAUGAGAGAUGCCUGUAUCAUGAGCUUCACCCGAUCAUGACGGCACACUGCUGAAGAUCAAAGCAGUUUUAUAAGGUGUUAUAACUAGGGCCUGGAGUUUUCCUUGACAAUGUGACCGGACUAGGAAAGUAUAGGACCUGAAGUUUUCCUGGUCCGAUCAUGUGUACAGGAAAAACCUCACACCCCAAUUUUAACAGAAUGUAAAUAUUUCAAACCUUUUAUAUUUGCCAUAUUUUUCUACCUUUGUGUUCAAACAUUUAACUCUGUGAUAUUUGAAAACAGUUUGUUGUACCCUGGCUACUGAGAUGGGUGAUAUAUUAUACAUUAAGUGAGUAAUAGGCGAUAUAAUGUUGUGACAUACAUUGGUUCUGGGUUCCGAGGUUAUUGGCGUUUUAUUCAUGUUAAGUAGGUGAUGUUUAGUGUCCGUCUCUGUGCUGUAUGUACUUUGUGCUUACUAACCCUUCACAGGUUAAAUAUGUCCUUAUACUGUAUGUGUGAACCAGUAUCUCUACAUUUCUCAAUGGAUGGGUACUACAUUUACUGUAAGACUAAUUCAUUAGGAAUACACUGUAAUAUAGUAUACUUGAGGAAAGCUGAGAACUGUGACAUGUAAUGAGAAUGCAUUAAACUUUUGUUAUGUAAAUUAGUCGUGAUGACAUUUCAGAUCUGAAAUGUCCUGUAAACAAAAAAUGUUCUAAUACAGUAAUAAUGUAAUAUAAAGUUACUGCUCUGCUUAUGGAUGACAGUGGAAUGGGAGGUGUAUGUAGGCAGCGAACCUGGGAAGGUAUGAAAUGGGGACAUUUAUGAAAUGGGGAAAUUUUAACUGAAAUCCUAAAUCCCAUAAUUAUUGGUUUAUGCAUUUUAAAUAGGAUUAUCAGUUCUCUUCUAGAAUGGACUGAAUUUAAAUGGUACAUUAGUUUCUUGACAGCAAGUAGCCUAGCAGCAAAUAUUGUAGUUGUAGUAGUAGCGUUUGAGAGAUUCGAUCUUUGAGAUAACUGUGGUUGGCAUAACGCCCUCUUGAGCCCCCAAGUGUACUGAAACUAGCACCACGCCCAGACUUGUCUGAGCACCCAAUACAAUAGCAAUCAGUCGAUAAAAUCGAGAACCAUCAUCAAAUCAACGUUUCAUAUUGUGGUGUAGAUGUACUGUGUUGACAAUGACACAAUAACGCGAGAUCACAUUUCCAGCAUGGCGGACAACCAGACCUCCUUUCCGCCAGAGGAAACAAAAUGGUAAUUAAGAAAUAAGUGAGCAUUGCAUUUGCAGCUCAUAAAUUAAUAAAAACAUUAAAACGUA